AUGUGCUCAGGGAUGUCCAAAGUACAGCGGAGAAAACAUGCCCCUCCCCCACCCCCACCUCGUCGAGAAUCUCUUCUCUGUGAAAACAAAAGUGAACCAAGUACACCAGGAACUCCAGGUACUCCACAAACUCCAAUGACGCCCCAGACCCCAGUGACACCACAGACCCCAGUGACACCUCAGACCCCAGGUACUCCACAAACACCAAUGACCCCUUAUACCCCACCUCCACCACUACCACCUCCAGCAUCUGCAGAGACGGGAGUGGUGGUGGAUGGCAUGAUGGGAAAGGCAAUUGUAGAGGAAGAAGAAGUUCAGACAACAAGGAAAACAAUUUCAGCACCAAUGGUACCAAAUAUGCACAACAAAACAUCAGAUACAGUAGAUGAGAAAAUGAUUUUAAAUGCUGACGGGGCAGCAUUGGAUGGUCAAGCUGGCAGUCAUAAUUUUGCUAUUGCUACUGAAUACCUUGGAGAUGCAUGGGUGCUACAUGGUGUUGAAAAGAUCAAGAAAGAUGCAAAGAUCAAUGUUCGGGAGAGCAUUCUUGCUUUGCAGAGUGUUGUUGAAUAUUUCAAGGAGACAGUGCCAGAGCUUGACCAACUCUGCUCACAGGCACUGACAGUAAUUACAAAGUUACAUGGCCCAGAUGUUAAUAUUCUUGCAAAAGACCUGCAAAUGGCCUUGAAAAAUGUGGAAGAGAUUACUACUAUAUGUAGGCAGGAAGAUCAUUUUACUGAUGAAGCUAACAGACGACUUUCAAAACAACUUCAGUCUGUUAUCACCGAGUUGCUUGCUUUAGACAACAAAGUUUCUUCAACAGCUUUAGCUUCUAAGCAUUAUGAGAUCGUGGAAACAUUGAUAUCUUUAUCUGAAGGACAAGAAGUAUAUCCUGCUGUCAAGGAGAGUGUGAAGGAUGUGAUGAAAUUAAUGUGCAAUUGUGACCGCCAUAUUAGCCACAUCCUCAUUAACUCCUCAGUACCACUCUCGCUUAUUAGUGAAAUCAAGAGUACUGAAAAGGUUACUGUUGAAUUCUGUAACUCUGCAACAUUACUGGCAGCCAUUUUAGCUGGAGAAGACUCUCUCCCUGUUGAUAUUCACAAUAAUAUAGACAUCCUGUUACUAGUGAAGCUGUUAAAUUUCAUUGAGAAUCCUGGAGGAACAAUGUAUGCAGAAGCUGUAUCAGUAGAUCUUAUGACUCUAAUAUUGGCAUAUAACUUACAUCAUAGAAAUAAUGUGCAAAAUAAUGUGUUGAUGCAAGCACUGAUCCAUGAAAAUAUCCAAUACCCUGAAGUGCUACUAGAAAAGGUGCUUCUAUUCUUCAAUAGAGGAGUGGAUUUGCUUGUUGACCAGGGUUUGCUGAAUGUCCAUAAUAAUUCAGUAAUUCAGUUUCUGAAGGACAUGUUUAGUCAUGAUGACACAAGUAAUAUGUAUUAUACAAAUGAUGUCAAAGUGAUGCUGGACAUUGUGCUACGUAACAUUACAGAUAAACCACACGGAGAUAAGGAAAGGACAGAGAACCUGAAAUUGUUGAAAAAUGUAAUUGACCGAUCGUUCUAUGAGGAGGAACAAUACCGAAAGUCUGAAUUCAGUGAAUGUUUCCGAAGCAUUCUUGGCGAAGAUGAAUCUGAACAAACACAGAUGGACAAGGACAUUAUCAAUUCCAUUUUGGUCAGUCAUGAAGGCUGGUUCUUUAAAUGA